CAGAAGGAAUGCGGGGUCCCACGGGGAGUCUCCGCGAAAUUAAACCUCUAAUCAACUACUUAUCGGUCGCCUGUCCGGACUAACCGACCUGUUUGGCCAUGGGUUUCUUCUUUGUUUUCUCUAACCUUAUCGUCUGAGUGCCUUCUAAACAAUUUAUACCCGCAGUAUGCCACCACAAUUCGACGUAGACCAUGUCCUGAACAACAUCGACGAGCAGGAUAAGAUUGCCCUUUUAUCCGGAAUCGACUUCUGGCACACCCACCCCAUCCCCGAAUUCGAUGUGCCGUCCGUUCGCACCACCGAUGGCCCCAACGGCAUCCGCGGCACCAAGUUCUUUGCCGGCGUGCCAGCUGCCUGUCUGCCAUGCGGAUCUGCGCUCGGCGCAACCUGGGACCGGGAGUUGCUACACCGGGCAGGAAGCUUGGUCGGCGAGGAAUCUCUCGCCAAAGGCGCCCACUGCUGGUUAGGUCCGACGAUCAACAUGCAGCGGGCCCCGUUAGGUGGCCGGGGGUUUGAAUCCUUCGCGGAGGACCCCCAUCUUUCGGGAAAGCUGGCUGCCGCCAUGAUCCUCGGUUGCGAAGCCACGGGGGUCAUCUCAGCCGUGAAGCACUUCGUGGGUAAUGACCAGGAGCACGAGAGACGCGCUGUGGACGUGCUGGUCACCCCGCGAGCUCUAAGGGAAAUCUAUCUGCGACCGUUUCAGAUCGUGGCUCGCGACGCCGCGCCCGGAGCGCUGAUGACCUCCUACAACAAGAUCAACGGCAAACAUGUCGUGGAGGACAAGCAGAUGCUGGACCUCGUUCGCGAGGAGUGGAAGUGGGACCCGCUGAUUAUGAGCGAUUGGUACGGGACCUACACGACGAUCGACUCGAUGGUGGCCGGAUUGGAUCUCGAAAUGCCCGGCGUAUCGCGAUAUCGGGGCAAGUACAUCGAGUCGGCCGUGCAGGCGCGUCUCAUCAAGCAGUCAACCAUCGACGUGCGGGCGCGUCGAGUGUUGCAGUUCGUUCGUCAAGCCAGUCAAGCCCCGGUCUCCCGUGUGGAAAAGGGUCGAGACCAUCCGGAGGACCGCGCAUUAAAUCGUGCAGUCUGCGCCAACAGCAUCGUUCUCCUCAAGAACGAUGGCAUCCUACCCUUGCCCAAGGACACCAAAAAGAUCGCCCUGAUUGGGUCUCACGUGAAGACGCCCGCUAUCUCCGGUGGCGGAAGCGCGUCUUUGGAGCCCUAUUACACCGUUUCCCUCUACAACGCUGUCAAGGAAGCUCUGCCAGGGGCUGCGAUUGUCUACGAAACGGGUGCGUACGCGCACAAGAUGCUACCAGUCAUCGACCGCCUUCUAAGUAACGCCGUCCUGCACUUCUACAACGAACCCGUCGGCACGCCACGGACGCUCCUCGCAACGGAACCGAUCGCCAAAACCGCCUUCCAGUUGAUGGAUUACAAGACGCCCGGGCUGAAUCGGGCCCUCUUCUGGGCGACGCUGGUUGGUGACUUCACACCCGACGCGUCGGGAACAUGGGACUUUGGGCUGAGCGUCUUCGGCACAGCCAAUCUCUACAUCGAAGACCAACUUGUUAUCGACAACUCUACGCGCCAGACGCGUGGUACGGCGUUCUUUGGCAAGGGCACUGUCGAAGAAGUUGGAUCCCUGACGCUGGUCGCCGGCCGGACCUAUCGGAUCCGCAUCGAGUACGGCUCCGCAAACACCACGACCAUGAAGACCGUCGGCAUGGUGAACUUUGGCGGUGGCGCCGCUAACCUAGGUGCCUGUCUGCGUAUGGAUGCCGAGCAGAUGGUUGCCAAUGCCGUACAGGCGGCCAAGGACGCGGAUUGUACUAUCCUCUGCACCGGGUUGAAUCAAGAUUGGGAAUCCGAAGGCUUCGAUCGGGCUCACAUGGAUCUCCCGCCCGGGAUCAAUAAGUUAAUUAGCCGGGUCCUGGACGUGGCCGCCGAUUGCACUGUGAUCGUCAAUCAAUCGGGAAUGCCCGUCACUAUGCCCUGGGUCAACCAAGCGAAGGGGAUCGUUCAGGCAUGGUAUGGCGGCAACGAGACCGGCCAUGGGAUCGCAGACGUAAUCUUCGGUCGUGUAAACCCCUGCGCAAAGCUGCCCGUCUCUUGGCCUGUCGAUGUGAAGCAUAACCCGGCGUACCUGAACUACGCCAGUGUAGGUGGACGGGUGCUGUACGGAGAGGAUGUCUACGUAGGAUACCGAUUCUACGAAAAGACAGAACGGGAUGUUCUCUUUUCGUUCGGACACGGCCUCUCGUAUACGACCUUCGCUGUUUCCCCGGAAGCCACCGUGCAGCCCGAUACAUUUUCUCCCGAUAAUCCUCCAACGGUCACAGUACAGAUUCAGAACACGGGCGCAGUGGCAGGAGCUCAAGUGCUACAGCUAUACGUCGCUGCCUCUGAGUCGCCGACCCCACGACCCGUCAAGGAGCUACAUGGGUUCGAAAAGGUAUUCCUCCAGCCGGGAGAACACAAAAAGGUGCAAAUCAAGGUCGAUCCGUAUGCGACGAGCUUCUGGGACGAGAUUGAAGGCAUGUGGGAAAGCGAGGCGGGCACCUAUGAAGUGUUGGUGGGCACAUCUAGCGAGCAGAUCUUGGCUCGGGGACAGUUCACAGUCGAGCUUACUAGAUAUUGGACGGGACUCUAGAGGCG